AUGAAUGGCAACCAGUUUAAAUAUCCUGAAAUAGAAAUUAUAACUGCAGAGGAAAAGGAAUCUAGACAACCAAAAUAAUAAUAUAUAUCGAUAUGUUUCUGUGUUUUGCUUAUCAUAAUAUAUUCGGUUCUAUUAGGAAUUGAGCAAUCAUCAUCACCAUUAAUGAUUUGCAGCAUAUCUUAUAACAUCAUAAUAACUAUUAUAAUAUUCCUCAAGACAUCCAAAAUUAAAUACGCAUGGACGUUUGCAAUGAUCUUGUUGAGCAAAUUGAUAAGUUUAGUGGUCUUAUUGUUCUUAGAUUAAGAAAACCAAAUUAUCAUAGCUCUCUUGAUUGAUAGCCUGAUGCAAGAACCCACUCACAUGAAUGCUUUGGAAUAAACGAUUAUCAAACUGUGUUCACUUGUUAUUGUGUGCAUCAACGGAAACCUACUAUCCAUUAUAGUUAUGAGUUCCAUUUUGGUGUUGCAAUUGCUUAAAGAUUUGCUUUAAAAAAUGACAUAAACCAAAAAAUAAUUGAAUGCAACAUGCGUAAUUCAAAAUCAGAAUAAUUCGUUGUAUUCUCAUAUCGAAAAACAAAAUGAUGAGAUCUGGAAGAAUAGAAUGCAAACUAUACCCAUUAUUGUCAUUAUCAUAUCCAUGCAAAAUCUGUAAAUUGUCCAUAAAAACUAGUCUUUUUAUAAUUUCUUCUCCUCCUUUAAUAAAACAGAAAAAGAGUUGGAAAAUAUGGUAAUGUAUCAUUUGAGUUUUAAUGUUUCCAGUAGUAAUCUUGAGGAAUAAGAUGUCUCCUCGAUCAAUUAGUUCAUCAAUCAAAUAAGAAAACCUCACACCAUGACGUUUAAUUAGAAAAACUAAGAAACACUUCAAGAUAUACCCUUAGGUUAUCAGUCUUUGAAUGAUAUUGUUUUGAACUUUAAGAGCAAAGUCCAAUCCUCCUUCAUAAAUCUUCAUCAUUCUGGCUAUUACGAAGUCUCAUGCAGAUAAAAACUGGAAGAUGGAUACUAUUUAUAAUUAUUCGGAUAAAUCGUAUAAAAUGAAAAAGACAAUGAAUUAUUAAUUUUUUUGAAUGAUGUUUCAGGCUAAAAUGAAAUGUAACAAAAUAUUCUUAUUAAUGAUUUCAAAUCCAAAAUCCUUCAAUCAUUCUCCCAUGAACUCAGAACUCCCUUGAAUGGAGCCUUGAAUUUUUUAUCAUCCUCUCUCUAAGAACAGAAGAUGCCCCAAUCAGUCAAAGAUAAUUAGAUAGAGCCAGCCAUCAAUUCCUUGAAAAUACAACAAUAUCUGAUAAACGACAUCAUUGACUUUUCUUCCUUUUAUCAAGAUCAGAUCAAAAUUAAACUCAGAGAAUUCACCAUCUCUGAACUCAUUACAGAAAUUAGUUCGAUGUUUUAUUAUCAAUUCAAUACUAAACAAUUAGCAUUCCAUGUUGAUUUAAAAGAAAACUAAUUAAGUUCGUUUUGUACUGAUUAUAAGAAACUCCUUUAAAUUUUGGUUAAUCUCAUAUAAAAUUCUUUAAAAUAUUCGUUUAAAGGAGGUUGCAUUGUUAGACUUAUAUCAUUACCUAAUCAGAAUAUGGUAUUUGAAAUAGCUGAUUAAGGAAUAGGUAUUCAAUAAGAUGUAUUAUACAAAUUACAAGUUAUCACAAAGAACGUAGAUAAAAAUAAAGAAUUUGUGAAAGAUUGGCAUGGUAUAGGUUUAUUAAUUUCUUCUAUCAUUUUAUAAUAUCUAGCUCCUCCAGAAAUGACUUUUUUCGAUAUUAAGUCAGAAGGGGAAAAUAAAGGUACACUAAUAUCAUUUUGUAUUAAAAACUUUUUUCGAGUCCCUGCUUCCUAAUAGAAUAUCAAAAACAGUACUUCUAAUUUUAUGAAUGCUGGAAGUGCAUCAAGUCAAUUCAAAUUAUCAUGUUCCCAAUAAUUACAAGUUAACAGUUCUCUGUUUAAUGUUAUGGGCACUUUAGUCAAAGCUACAGAAUUUCAUAUAACAAGUACUUAAAUCAAGACCUAAUACGCUCAAUUUCCCUCAAAAAAAUCUUAAAAUGACUCAUUCUAUUCCGAAAGUAAUGAUGACUAUUUGGAAAGGAGAUUGGAUGAUUUAGAAAGCUUAAGUCCAUUUUUAAUAACAGAUAUCAAUAAUGUCUAUAACAAACUAAAAGAUAAAUCCUCCAAAGUUAUAAAUCUAAGGUAAAUUAAAUAGUUAGAGGAAAGAGAGAGUGAGCUUUUUAUGACUGGAUUGAAUAGUCUAAAAAAAUGUAAUUGUAUGAGGAUUUUGAGUGUUGAUGAUGAAAUCUUCAAUUAAAAGUCUUUAUAAGUUUUGAUAUCCAAAAUGGGAUUUGAAGUUGUGUUAGCUUUUAAUGGGUUAUAAGCAAUUUAAGUAGUGUAAGGAUUAUAAAAAUGCUGUUCCUCAUGUAAUUUGCUGUCUUUAAUUUUGAUGGAUUAUUAGAUGCCAAUUAUGAAUGGGAUUGAAGCUACUAAAUAAUUGAUAAGCAUGAUGAAUAAAUCUUAAAUUCCUUAUAUUUAAAUUGUUGGAUUGACAGCUUUCACUGGUACAAAGGAUAUUGACAAUUGUUUGAAAGCAGGGAUGCAUGAAGUAUUGGCUAAGCCUUUAAAUAUAUAAGAAUUGAAACAUAUUUUAUUAUGUGUAUUUAAGAAAUGA